AUGGAUGUUCCUAACGCAGGAUCAGAAGGCCAUGCCACGGGAACUCGGCGUCGUCGUGUCAGGCUAUCUCGGGCCCGCGGAUUGAGAACCAAAACCGGAUGCCUCACAUGCAGAGAGAGACGCGUGAAGUGCGACGACGGUAAGCCCACUUGUGUGCGGUGCUCCAAGUCAAAUCGUGCCUGUCGAUACGCCCAGGUUGGUGACCAGGGACAUGCGACCGGACCCAGGGCCGAAUUUGAGUCUCUAAGGGCCCAGUCUGAUUCAAGGGAGGAGAGGAAUGAAAACUCGCGUUCUGGGAGAAGCGAUACCAAUAAUGCCGGCGUCGUUCAGGGGGUCCUGCAUAGUUCCCAGGGGCAACAGCCGAGUUCUGGUCCAGCACCCUACUUUCAGGCUACCUGCCCAGCCCCUGCUGAAGCCUUCGUUCCGCUCCAGAAUAACGGCUCGAGUGAGACGCCACUGAAUGACUGUUUGGAUAAUGAUCAAAGACUAUCCAGUAUUGACUCGAGCUUCUUGGGUUCUCCACUUUCACUUAGCCAGAUACCCCUGCUCAACAUAUCCCCCGGUGAAUGGUUCGAUCUGGUAGCACGGGAUGCCAUCAACAACAUCCAAAGGCUUAACGAUUCUUCGACGGGCGAUUCGCGAUGGAAGUUUCCCGAAAUUGCCCUCUCGCGUAGACAGUCUCCAGCACCUGAAUGUUCUGAGGCUCACUCCGAGCAAGCCGAGAGGCACCUUGAUCCACAACGAUUCGGCCUGGAACGUCGAGAUGGCGGAAUCGAAUCCCCUUUAUUAGACUAUCACCAAUUACCCCAGCCUUGGAACACGACGAGUAGGAUAGACUUGUCGCCACUCGACCUCAAGUUCUUUCGAUACUUCAUCGAUAUUGUUGGGCCAAUUCUAGACUUGUUUGAUCCCGCUCGGCAUUUCACUAAUGUCGUGCCGCAUCUUGCACUACGAAACACGGGGCUUUUGAAGUCGAUCCUGGCAGUUGGGGCUAAGCAUAUGUCUCUUGGCCUCAUGCAUGGGCCGGGUGAACGUGCAUCAGGCGAGCAUGCGACUCAAAAUGCGAAUACUCCAGCCUCGCUCGCCGCAGUGACCGACCUGCCACCAGAGUCAGAUCCUGCUCCAGCACACAUAGCUACACAGUAUUACUACGAAACGCUUCAAUAUCUCUCCCAGACCUUACUCUACCCACCCUAUGCGGAAUCCCGUGAGAUUUUGGCAACAGCCACCAUGAUCAGCAUGUAUGAGAUGUUUGACGCCGACAACGCCUCAACCAGUGGCGACUGGGAACAACACUUGCGGGGCUCUUUCUGGAUACAGCGGUCUCAGGACAAUGAUGGCGAGUCCGUUGAUGGCUUGAGGCGGGCCGUAUGGUGGGCAUGGCUCCGGCAGGACAUUUGGGCGGCUUUCCAGACAGGACGGCCAACCCUCACCUUCUGGCGUGCUCGGAAAAAGCUCGAGGAGCUCGACUCGGAUGAGCUCGCAACAAGGAUAGUCUACAUCUGUGGAAAGUGUGUAGAAUAUGCCGCAUUGGAUGGGAUGUCGGCGAAUAAGGACCCAAGACACAGAACGCAGCAGGGUGACCGACUUCUCCGCGCACUCGACGACUGGCAUAGUGUCCUCCCUGCUUCUUACCAGCCGGUCAAUGUCGCGACGGAUUCUGGCUCAAAUACGGUGUUCCCGUCUAUAUGGAUUCACCCGCCUAACCACGCAGGCGCUAUGCAGAUGUACCAUUUUGCAAGAGCUACUGUGCUGCUGAACCAACCCUCAAUGGGGGGACUGAACGCCUACUGCCUCCGCGAGAAACAGCUCAGUGAAAGUGUCAAGGUCGUUUGCGGCAUCGCUAAUGCGUGCCAAGAACAUGAGCCUGCAAUAGCCUUUGUUAACGUACAGGCUUUGUUUGGAGGUAAAUGUCUCUCCUGA